ACAUGACACAUAUGGACGAAUGGCGGAAUGAUCAAAAUUCAAUGAAAAUGGUUUCUAUUCAUUCGAGGUUAUAAGAGCGUGUAUGCCAAAUAUAACCUAACCUGUCUUACAAAUAUUUGAUAUCAGUCAACCGUACUUGUGUUGUUCUAAGUGAGCAAUUUGGAGCUAUGAGCGGAGGUGUUGCUCCAAGCAAAUCUACGGUCUAUGUCUCGAAUUUGCCAUUUUCAUUAACUAAUAAUGAUAUCCACAAACUUCUAGAGAGUUAUGGAAAGAUUGUCAAAGUAACUGUUCUGAAGGACAAGAUUACAAGACGUAGUAAAGGUGUUGCAUUUGUAUUAUUCCUCACAAGAGAAGAUGCGAUCAAUUGUGCAAAAAAUUUGAAUAAUACCGAGAUCGGUGGACGUACAAUUAAGAGUUCCAUUGCUGUUGACAAUGGUAGAAGUACAGAAUUUAUUCGUCGAAAGGAUUACCCAGACAAAUCCCAGUGUUAUGAGUGUGGGAAAGAAGGACAUUUGUCAUACCAAUGUACUCAAAACACACUUGGUCCCAGAGAACCUCCUCCAAAAAAAAUCAGGAUAAGAAAAAAAAAUAAAGAUCAGUCCAAAGGGGAUACUUCAUACUAUGAUAGUGACAGUGAUGAAGGUUUGAGAAAACCAGGUGGCUUCACGGGUACUGGGAUUGACCGCGAUGGGGAAGUGGCUGAACCAGACUUGGAAACGCUGAGUGCUGCUAUACAGCAUGAGCAAGAACAAGAAGAGAUUGAGAAAUAUAGAUAUCAAGUGGCAACUGGUGAAUAUGAAGAACCGAAACAAGAUUGCUCAAAACCUAAGAAGCGCUUCAAGAAGAAUAAUUACUUCAGUGAUGAAGAAGAGCUUAGUGAUUGAAAAAAACAAAAAGGGAUCAUCCAAUUGCUGUGAGUUUUGUUAAAAAUUUUCAAUCAGAGAUUAAGAGUAAUGGGGUAAUUUUUUAAAUAUGUAUGUAUUGCACGUAUGGAUGCAUUUAGAAUUCUUAGCGUUCUAUCAGCAUAAUUACUGAGCAAAAAUAUACACAAAUCCAAAUUUUUUAAUGCUCAACUUAUUGUCAGUAUUUGCUCCUGCUCUGAGUUAUUGUAAUUGAAAGUUCAGUGUUACAUACAUUCCAAAUAUGUGAACUGGAGAAUUGUGUAAGUCAUUGAAUAGUCCCAUUAAUCAAUAACAAUAAAAUUCAGUUUAUUGAUAUUCAAUGUAAAUAAAUGCCACUGAUCUAUAAAAAAUAUUGUAAUUACUAUUGUUUAUUUUUUGUAUAAAUAUAAUUUUUUACAAUUUUA